UUUUAAAAGGGGGCACAGGCCGUGAGUGAACCGAUUUAUAGGUCUACUCACCGGCGAGAAAGGCGACGUGUUUGGUUCCUGAGAAAAUGUUACAGUACCCAGCAUUCAUGACGCAGUACCCGUGGUCGACGAGGACGAUUCCGACGCCGUAUCUUCUGCCAUCUCAAUGGCCCCAGCCCCAAAGCGAUGAGCUCCUCCUAGCCAUGGAGGAGUCCGAUUUUGAAGAAAAGUGUACUGAAAUCAGAAAGACAAACAGCAACCUCGUAGUGAUUGGGAAAACCACCGUCGAUAACGAUAAAGAAGACUUUGACAAUGAUGCGGAUGAUGAUGAUGCUGACAAUGCAGAUGAGUCCGAAGGUGACGAGUUUGAGCAGGAAACUGGUUGAUUGUGCUGAGUACUGCAGCUACUAAUUCUUAUUUCACUUUUAUGAAAUUCUUAAGGUAAUUGGCAUGGAGGCAUGGACUCGUAGCUCUUUUCAUUAGUAGCUUCCAUUGUGUAAUUUUUACAUCUGAACAAGAUGUUUGACAUUGACAUGAAACUUGUGAUAAUCAAGUGGUUUGCUCACA